AUGAGUCUGGUCUCGGGCUUCCCUCACCACCCGAUCAUGCACCACCACGAACCCCGUCGAUGUUCCUUCCACGCGGCGGCUGCGACCAGCCGGUGCCACGAAGACUCCGGGGCCCCUCCGUACUUUACAAGCUGGUUCAUCAGCCACGCGGACAUGUCCCCCAGAGAGUACAGCCUUGCGCCCGGCUACAGCCCAGAGUACCACACCGGUUGCGGGUCCUCCGAAAGCUUGGACCCGCAUCACCACUACCACUACGGACCCGGUAACUUAAUCUCGGGCCCCGGGAGCAUCUCGGUGAAUGGAACCACGGUCAGCAUGCACCACCACCACCACGCACAUCCUCGGACCUUGAAGCGGAGACCGACUGCCAAUCGCAAGGAAAGGCGGCGGACCCAGAGCAUUAACUCGGCCUUUGCCGAGCUGCGGGAGUGCAUCCCGAAUGUUCCAGCCGACACCAAGCUGUCCAAGAUCAAGACGCUUCGGCUGGCCACUAGCUACAUCUCCUACCUGAUGGACAUCCUGGACAAGGACGGACAGCACGGAGAGACCCAGGCGUUCAAGGCGGAACUCAAGAAAACGGAGCUUCGGGAGGAGCGCAGGAGAAGAAACACGGAGGAAGUCCCAAAAUCAGCUAUAUCCUCAUCCACUUCCCCCCCAACAACAGGUGAUAAAAAGAGUAAGGGCCGAACGGGGUGGCCUCAGCAUGUGUGGGCCCUGGAACUCAAACAGUGAUUACAACACCCCCCCUCCCCCCGGAGGUGAAGUCUCAAGUUUGUUUAGUUGUGAGCCCACAUUUAAUUUAAAUGUUUUUUUAAUAUAAAUAUCAUUUUUUAUAUAAAUGUCAUUGUGAUUUACUGGCAAGUGGACACCCACACCCAGUCAGACCAUUUGUUUGUGUUUUGUGUAAAAAUGUGUUUAAAAAUAUUGCAUCUUUCGGGAUGAAAACAGUGAUGUGAAAACAAUAAACUACCCUUUAACUUA